AUGGCCCCUUCAUCUUUUACUGGUCUGUGUAAAAAUUUAGUUAGAGAUGGAGGUCUUAGACCAACACUUCAAGUUACAAUUGAAGAACAAGUUGCAAAAACACUGUACUUGUUAGCACAUAAUGUGACAAAUCGUGAGCUCUCUUUCAUCUUUCGACGAUCUGGAGAGUCGGAUUGUAUUAGUGCAAUUGAUGGAACACAUAUACGUGUUAAAGUUUCACAACAUGAAGCACCAAAAUUCUGUGUGAGGAAAGAUUAUCCAACUCAAAAUGUACUAGCUGCAUGUACAUUUGAUUUAAAAUUUACAUAUGUGUUAGCUGGGGGGGAAGGAAAAUUCUACCUUGUUGAUGCUGGACUUAUGUUGGAAAGUAGGCUUAUUACACCUUAUAGGGGGGAGCAAUACCACUUGAAAGAGUAUUCAAGAAAUAAUCCACCUCGAAAUUCUCGUGAAUUAUUUAAUUUACGACAUUCUUCUUUUCGUAAUGCUAGAGAACGUGCAUUUGGAUUUCUUAAACAGAAAUUUCCUAUAAUUUCUAGCUCAACUAAGUCGUCAUAUGGAAUUGAAACUCAAAAGUUGAUUAAAUUUGCAUGUUGUAUCCUACACAACUAUUUAAGAGGUGUAGAAUCAAAUGAUAAGUUACUCGCUCAAGUUGAUGCAGAGCUUAUGAAUGAUGAUAACACUGUACAUGAAGAACCUCCAAAUUCUAGAGAAAGUAACGAAGAGUUUAGGAAAGGGGAAUUGAUUCGAGAUGGCAUAGCAACUGCCAUGUGGGAUAAUUAUCAAGAUUAA